AUGAGGAAGAAAGUAGAGACAGAGCUGGAGAGACUCACCAAGCAGGGGGUCAUUGAACCAGUGAAGUUCUCAGAAUGGGCUGCACCAAUAGUACCGGUGUUGAAGCCUGACGGAGGGGCACGCAUUUGUGGAGACUACAAACUCACGUGGGUGAUUGGCAGACAGGACGCCCACACGCACAGCUCGUGUUGUGAGACUUGGCCGGAGUUUGGGCUGUCAGGAGGCAACGAGAUGGUGUGGCCCUACAGUGACUGUGAGUGA